AUGACGACAAAGCUUGCGGACAUCGACGGCGAGGUUGCCACUAUCCGCGACUGCAAGGAUUGGAACGGCGAAGAUGAUCCUGACAACGCACGAAACUGGUCUCGAACCCGGAAGGUGAUUUCGACCGCAGUGAUCUGUCUUAUCGGCUUCAAUACCACAAUGGGAGCCUCGAUCUAUGCGCCCGGUCACGAAGACGUCAAGCGGGAGUUUGGGGUAUCGACCACGGUAUCGCUUUUGCCUCUGUCAUCGUACUCACUAGGCCUGGCAUUUGGACCGAUGAUCUCGUCACCACUGUCGGAGACGUUCGGACGGAAGUUUGUCUACCUACUCACGCUACCGCUGUUCGACAUAUUCGUGCUUGGCUUCGGCCUCUCGCAAAGUAUCGGGUCUCUGAUCGCCUGUCGGUUCCUUGCCGGCAUGUUUGCCGCCCCAGGCGUGUCUGUUGCAUCAGCCACAAUUGCGGACUACAUCGAGCCUGAGAGACGAGCGUUCCCACUUGCAUUCUACUACACGAUACCAUUCAUCGGUUCGGCGAUCGGGCCACUCAUCGGAGGGUUUGCAGUGGCGGAAAGAGGAUGGCGGUGGACGGCGUGGAUUAUUCUAAUCAUCUCUGCUGUCUUCCAUCCGCCGGCGUUGUAUCUGCGGGAGUCUUAUAAGACCAUCAUCUUGCAGCGACUGGCGAAGCGUCUAGGCGUGGAGGGACCUUCUGGACCACAAAGGACAGUGGCGGAAACAUUCAAGGAAUUCAUGAGGACGACUAUUCUCCGGCCGCUGCAUAUGCUGCUCACGGAGCCACUAGUCGGAUUCAUCUGUCUUUACACCGGCUUCCAAUUCGCGCUUCUGUAUACCUUCGUGGUGGCCAGCCCAUGGGUCUUCCAGCACUACUACGGCUUCUCGACCAGUGCUCAAGGUUUGACAUUUUUAGGACUGAUCGUGGGCUGUCUCGUUGCGCCAUGCGUGCUUAUCGCAGUUGACAAGUUCUUGUACCAACCACGUCUACGUCGACUUCGCGGCGGACCAGAGUUGGGUGCGCAAUAUCAGAAGCUGCCUCCCGAAGACAGGCUCUUCACCGCCCUGUACGGCAGUCUGGUCUUGCCAGUCGCUUUAUUUUGGUUCGCGUGGAGCGCAGGCAGAACACACUGGCUCAGCCCCGUCGUCGCCCAAGGUGUCGCAAUGCUAGGCAGCAUCCUCAUCUACGUACCUUGCAACUUCUUCAUGCUGGAUGUCUAUGGAUCGAAGUACGGAGCCUCUUCGGCUGGAGCUUCAUCGUUGUCGAGAUACACGCUCUCGGCGGCCUUCCCGCUUUUUGUCACGCAAAUGUACGAGAAGCUGGGGGUAGGAUGGGCGACAAGUUUGCUGGGGUUCGUGGCGCUUGGGAUGGCACCGAUUCCCUGGAUAUUUUACUGGAUGGGGCCAAGGUUGAGGGCGAGGAGUGGAUAUGAGCAUGGGACGUAG